AAUGUCACCACGAGCGUGGGACCAAUUAACCCAUUAAACCGAGCCAGUGAGACCAUGUGACCGCUGGGCCGGACUGGGGCGGAACCAGUGGGAAGGAACUGGGAGGAUAAGGCAAAACCAAGGAGGCUGACCAUGUGGGACAGAACGUUCCUGCUGCUGCUUCACUGUGUGGAAGCUGCAGUGGCGUCUCGGUGCUGGCAGGGGGUGACCUUCUCCGAGGCCGUGGUGUCACCGGCGUCGGAGGGCAGCAGGAUCCUGCGUGUUCCCGGCGUGGCGACGCUGCCGCAGUGCGUGGCGGCGUGCUGCGAGCUGCCGGGCUACGAGCUGGCGUGGCUGUUUGAGGGCCACUGCUACGUCCUGCGCUGCCCACGGACCGAGGCCUGCGCCCCCCGAGAGAGACCCGGCACCGACUCCAGCCUGGCCUUCCUGCGGAGAGCGCCCCCGCAGAGCCUGGUGCUACAGUCUCUGGUGAGAGGAGAGCCGUACGGCUGGAGGCCUCCAUCGACCUCCUCCGAGACCCCCCGUGACCUGGAGGCCCUGAAGGACCUCGCCCUGUUUGACGGGCCCCGGCAGGACUUCGAUGACCCCGGCAUGCUGGAUCUGGAGUAUCCAGAGGAGAGCCAGGAGGAGAGGGGAGCCAGGUUCAACCAAUCAGAGGCUGGAGAUGCUCCAGAAGGGGGGCCGACAGGAAGCAGCGUGGCCCAGAAUAAUGCCUCCUCCGAGGGGAACAUCAGUCAGGCAGACGAGGAUGGAACCAGGAGCCCGACUGAUCCUCCUGCGGCCGAGAAAGCUACUGAAACACAAACUGGUUCAACAUCCCUGAAGCUGUUACUGCUGCAGAAGCCAUCGGCUGUCUCCGCCCAGCACGACCAUAUAAGGACUUUCCCUCCCACCACCGGCGCGCCUGAUUGGCCGGUCAGCACACAGCCAGAGCUGCUGAAGGUGCUGCAGUCUGCAGCCAGAGCUCCGCCGACCUCCACCCACCUCCCGAAGAGACCCGUGACACCUGACCCUGGCACCGCCUUGACCCCCAGAACAGCCUUGACUCCCAGCACCACCUCGAUACCAGGCAUCACCUCGACCCCCGGCACCACCACGACCCCCGGCACCAUGCCUCCAACAGUGACCCCCCCGGGUGCUACAACCGCUGCAGAGUCUGGGUCAGAGGUCGGCGGGUCAAACCGUGGCCCGCUGGCCGUCGUGGGUCCUGACAGGAAGUUGCUCCUUCCUGUGAGCAGCUUGUUGCUCGACGGCAGCGGCAGCACCGACGACCGCGGCAUCGUAAGCUAUCAGUGGCACGUCAUGAGCGGCCCCCCAGGGUUAAAGGUCAAGGGUGCAGACCAGGCCGUUGCCACGGUGACGGGCUUUCAGACAGGAAGCUAUAACUUCACGCUGACGGUGUCCGACCACCAGGGGGCGACGGACAGUGCUUCACUCACCGUCAGAGUCCAGGGAGCGAAGACUUCUCCUCCGGUGGUUCACGCCAGCGGCAGCCACUCUCUGACGCUGCCCAACAACUCUCUGGUGCUGCGGGGGUCGGUGAGCGACACGGAGCCCAGCGAGGUGCACUUCCUGUGGGUCAGAGACAGCCAGAGCCCUGCAGCUGGGGAUGUGCUGUACGGCUCGGAGACGCAGGCCUCCCUGUACCUGGCCAACCUGGUGGAGGGAACCUACCUGUUCCAGCUGAGAGUCACUGACGCUCAGGGCCGCUCCGGCAGCGCCACCGCCACCGUGGAGGUCCGCCCAGAGCCGGGUGGAGGUGAGGAGGUGGAGCUGGAGAUGCAGGUAGCGGUUUCUCAGGUGAGUGUGGCUCAGAGGGACAAGCUGGUCCGACAGCUCGCCGCACUGAUCCACGUCCUCGACAGCGACAUCCAGGUCCGAGCGCUGCAGGGACACUCGCACCUCAGCACGGUGCUGCGGCUCUCGGUGCGGGGCCCCGAGGGUCCGGUCUCUGGCUCCAGGCUGGUGUCUCUGCUGAGGAACCAGCUGCUGCGAGAGAAGAGCGACUACCUGCUGUUCAGAGCGCUGAGGGUGGACACCGUCUUGUGCCUGCUCCGCUGCUCGGGCCGCGGUCAGUGUGAUCCCAUCUCUAAGGACUGCGCCUGCGACCCGUUCUGGACCGAGAACCUGAUUCGCCGUUACCUGGGCGACGGAGAGAGCAACUGUGAGUGGAGGGUGCUGUACGUCAUCCUGACCAGUUUCGUGCUCAUGGUCUUCAUCGUCUCCGUCAGCUGGACCUUCAUCUGCUGCUGCAGGAGGAGGAGACAGAGCAAAGUGAGGAGGAAAACCAAAUACACCAUCCUGGACAACAUGGACGAGCAGGAGAGGCUGGAGCUCAGACCCAAAUUCAGUAUCAAACACAGGAGCACAGAGCACAACUCCAGCCUGAUGAUGUCCGAGUCGGAGCUGGACAGCGACCAGGACACCAUCUUCAGCCGAGAGCGACCCGUUCGCAGCAGGAACCGGAUCAGCGCCCACGCCGCGCGCAACGGAAACGCGUUCGGCUGACGGACAGCUGACCUCCUGCUGACGGACCGCUGACCUCCUGCUGACGGACCGCUGACCUCUGACGGACCGCUGACCUCCUGCUGACGGACCGCUGACCUCCUGCUGACGAAACGGGACUGUGAUGUUUGCACUCAGGCAGCAACAGAUUUAACCUCUUACAGUUCAAAGGACUUUAUGGCCCAGAAAGGUCAGUGAGUGAGCCAGUGUUCAGGAGGAAAACCUGCGACUCCCUACAAGAAUAUCAUGGGUUGAAACAUCCAAACUUUGUCCAAGAGAAAAUGAGAAAUGUGGAGGAAUCUUUGCACUGAGACAACCUCAAGAGCCGUGUCUUGAAAUGAAGAAGAGAUUUAAAGAAGAAUCAGACAUUUGGGGAAAUCGUCCCAAGGGCCAGAGAGAGUAAAGGAUGUGUUAGCCUAGCUUAGCAAAGGUCUAUAAGCUAAGGAGCAACUGCUAUCCUAGCGUCAACAAGAGAGCUAACACUUAUUUCUACUGUUGGUUCCUUUCUCAAUCAGCUGUUCAUUCUAUACGAUGUCAUGAAAUGGAGGAAAACAACAGUCGGCGUUUCCUGAAGCACUAAAUAACGCUCUCAAAUGAUUUAUUUUGUCCACAAAUAAAUAAAUGUCAUAGGGGAAACUAUAUUUAGAAUUUAGAAGCUUGAAUCAGAGUUUAACUAUUCCAGUUAAAAAAACACUCAAACUGAUUCAUCGAUUAACGAAAGGUUGGCGAUUGACCAAAAAACUGCAAGUCGUGUCUCGUUAGCCAUAAGCUAAUCACCGAUCUAUCCCAAUGUCCUCUGACUGUGAGCAGCUGGACCAAGACGCUGCCUGCUCUGGAUUCAACUGCUUUAUCCCAAAGCAAGCGGGCAGGACCAACGACAGUACUGUUCAAAGGGCUCGGAAAGCAAGCGAACAGAAGAUCCUCUCCAUAACCGCGGAGUAGUCUGCUGGUGAGAAGGCCGUACACACAGAUGCUAGAGGAGCAGCAGACCCUCUUUACAGAUUUCCUCAAAAUAAAAUCUCAGAAUCCGUUUUCAGCAUAAGAUGCAAUACCGUUUAUAACCUGUAGGCGACGCACGACAUUUCCCUUCACCUGUUCUGUUAAACGGACCGUAGCGGUUCAGAUAACACCCCCUCCUCGGUCUGCUGUUAGGACCUCAGACUGUAGCUGACUUGAACUAACCACACACACUUGUCGAUUUACGGCAGCAUUUAACGGUAGCCCGCCACAGAUUAGUAUACAGAACACACUGGAAUGGAUAAGUGGCUUUAACGUGUUAACGGCGCUCUGAAAAAGAAGACGGGAAACUCAGAAUGGUCUACCAUCAAAGCGGCGGUGGCGAAGUCCAUAGGGACACCGGUUCGAGUCCCCGAAAGACCAAGUGCUACCGAGGUGUCCCUGAAGGCACCGUUCCCCAGUACAUAUGGCAGCCCACUGCUCCCAUCAGAUGCAGGAUGUACUUUUUCCCUCAGUGGGACCAGUAAGGGUUCUUCUGUGGGACCAGUAAGGGUUCCUCUGUGGGACCAGUAAGGGUUCCUCCUUCUAUAAUUUGGGCAAAGAGUUAUAACUUCUGCUAACACACACAAUAAAAACAUAACAUGUAAUAUUACAAUUUCCUCUUUAAUAUUUCAUAUCUAAAAUCAGAAAUACAAAACAUUAGGUUUUAUUUUUACAUUAAAUAUAACAAUUACAUUGCGUCACAAAAAAGGCGAGAUCAGGACCAAUUACAAAAAGUCAGUUACAGGGCACUUAUCACAUUGGGAACAUCAACCUGCACCGUUAGGAGGUUCUUAAUGGGACUACAGUAGUGUUACAUCAGAGAUGCUGACAUUUAUUUGUUCUAAAAAACUAGAUGCAUGCGGACUGCACACAUUGUAUUCCACUUUUAGAGCCUUUAUUCAUUUGCAGAUUUCCCCGCCGUAUCUUAUCGAACUUUUGAAGAUGUGUUCGCACCCUGAGGUCAGACAGAUACCACAAUGUUUUUAAGGACCUCAGAAACAUACACACCAAUACACACAUGCCUUUAAAUGAUUUAGACCAAAUUAGCACAUGUAAUCAUACGAGCCAUUGAAUGAUAACGAGACAUCACUACUACUGGACAUCAAGGGGAUCAAUACGAGCAGUGGUUUAAAAACAAGUCAUCUAGUUUAAGGAUUUGUCCCUUUUUAUUUUAUCACAGUAAAUCUCGCUUUUCCACCACGGCAGAGAGCAGCUUGUUCACCCUUUUAAACCGCGACGUUUGUUUCUGAGAACCCCCACCUGUGGGACUCCUCACCGUCAUACCUGAGACAGGAAACCCGGACCUUUUUAUUCUCCACAAGGAGCAGAUCGAUGAGCGGCGUUUAUUCGUGGGUAAAUGUAGAUCAUUAAGGGAUGGAAGUUGGGUCAGCAGCUAACACUGAAACUGGGAUUUCCUUGGCUUCGCAUUGUUUGACUUUUGACAUUACAGCUGUUUAGGUUGAGGAUUGACGUUAGCCUCGUUAGCAUCAUUAGCUGAAUAUGAAGCGUUACCAACAGAUGUGUGGACGGACCGUGUCCCGCUGAUCCCGAACGGAAGACACAGAGCUUGUCUUUUACCGUCUUUCUUUCUAAGUGAAAGUACUGGAUGUGUUUAGUUGUCUAACACCACACAGCAGCUUUUAAACACGUUGAAAGCAUGUUUUCUGCUCUCCUCUAGAAUACAGGUCAUCCUUAUUUGAGGUUUUAAAAGGUUGUUGCUGCUUUCUUUGAAUCCUUUAUGCAACCACAAAUAAAAGAGCCAACAAGCAAGGGAAGGAUUCCUCUCAGAGUCUCUGCUCUGAUGCCAGCUGCUAACGCUAACAUGCCCGGCUCCUUAUGGACAGCAGACACCGUUUCGUCUGACAGGGUUCUUAUCAGCGGUGUUACAGGUCGCAGUCACGUUAGAGAAGCUCCACUCCGGACAGGAACGCCCGCUCUGUGGGGGCCGGUCCCGGACGAUGCUAUAGCAGAGGUUAUGCUAACGUUAGCAUGUCUUGUCCCACUCUUAAUGACUGAGUUUUUCCUUCAUGUUCAAAUCUUUUUCUCUCGUGGAAAUGUUAAUAAAUCCUUCACCUCAUCUUCGUCUCUUGCUUGUUCAAGUAUCAUGUUUUAGGAUUAUAAACUAAACAUCUGAAGCGUUUUAAGGUCUUCAUGAUUUAUUACUAAUAAUGCUAAAGCUAACUAGCUUUUACAAAAACGCAGCUCGUUUAAUUCUGUGUAUUAUUUAAAGUAUGUCGGGUUUUUUUUAACUACUCCGCAUACAUCAUGUCGGCUGUAGACGGGGUUUACCACUCAUUUAUUAAGCUCAUGUUAAUAUGCUAACAGCCAGCAACGGAUCUAAAGGGGUGUUGUCGACUCUGCCCUAAACCCGAAAGACUGACAGGUAGAAACAGCAACGCUAGCCAAUCAGAAGAGAGUAUUCCCUCAGGUCACGGGCUAUAACAGGAGCCUGCAUUCUCACGGUCAACAUACAGCUUAGAAAGACACUGACUGACUGUGAUUUUAAUCAGCCAUAAAGAUAUAAUUGUUGCCUGAAAGAUAAUUUCCUUUGAAUUGAAUCCGGUUUUACUUUCCGGACGGCUAACGAGAUAUUUUCAGAUUAGUGAAAA